AUGUUUGCCUCUGUACAGCUCUUCACCGCCGCUCUCGCACUCUUUAUCGCCAAAGCGCCAACGCCCAGCUAUCAGCUCGAGACCGUGAACAACGCGACCAUCGACGCUGGUUGCGACAACCUCCAGGUCGGCCAGCAGCUUUGCCUAGCGAUCAUCAACGAAGCUUGCGAACCGGUCCAUGUCGUGACGAGCAAUGACACCUGCACGAGCGUCGCCGAGAACGCUGGCACGACGGUCUCCACUAUGAUUGCGAACAACCCGAACUUGGGCAGUGGCUGCACACUUUUGGAGGUGGGCCUGGUCGUGUGCGUCGCCACGGACGUCGUGGCGGGAGUUUAG